CGGCCACUUACGUUAAGAAAAACAGUGAUUUUGCCUGCAUGCUCAUGCUUUCCUUUACAAAAAUGCCUUUUGUAUUCACGGAGGUAGUGCGCAGAACACGUGGAAAGUUCGGCUUCGCUUGGCAGAUAUAUGGUGCCAUGGUACAUUCUACGUGUGGCGCGCGCGAUACUGUAGCGUUAUAUAGUAAUGGUAAGGUCUAUCUCCCUCUCCCAUUUAUGCAACUCAGACGAUCCACCAAUUAAAUGCCUGGCACUGGCAGCCAGUAAUGGCCAUAUUUUCCCAAUGACAGUAAUUGCGGGUCAUUAUUUAUUUCCCCUGAGAAUGGCUUCGUACGUAAUGUUAACAUUGGUUACUACGGAGAGCGCCUCGGCAACGUGCGUCGUCAUGAAAUUUUGAUGCAUUUUUUUUUUCGGUGCAGAUAAAAUUGCAGUUAAAGUAUCAGAGCUCCCAGAGAAUAAUGUCACUCGUUAACCAGCUGUAAGUGGUUUCUCGAAACAUAUUGCACACUAAAUGAAGAGUUUUCGCACAAGCCACAAGGAAUAAAAAUAGAACCUGAGAGACGGAAAGAAUAAAUCAGUAAAAGAGCAAAGUAACUAAAGACGCUGAGAUAAGGAGUGAUGCAAGGUACGUUCUUAAUAUGAGAAGGAAGUGCGUAGUGGCAUUUCCAGCUCGCUUUCAAAAUAGGCCUUCUCUCUAUGGAUUGAGAAAAUUAAAAGAGAGUGCGCGGGGUGCUGAUUUGGAGAACCGAAAAGAGAGCCACUGCACGAUUGCGCAACGACAUAAUUGAAGCUGUUUACAUCAUGCGCAUAUUAAUGAAUAAGCAAGACAGGAGGGAAAGCGAAGCGGGGAGGGUUGCAUACCCGAGACAAGGGCAGCAGGUAGGGGAGGAGGUGAACGGCAACUUUCACGUCUUGGCUUGUGCGCCAAAAUCCGUGAAUGCGCAUCCAGACGCUUGGACGGUGGAGAAAACGGUGGCUACUGCCCAAGACCUUGGAGCUUUCCAGCACAGCAGGUUAAACUUUCGCGCAAGUAUAUAAGGCACCCAUCGAGACUUCCGGACACAACAGUCCCUUCAGGUUGACGAGACGAACAGUAGCAUGGCUUUCAGCAAAGUGGUCUUCUUCUUGGCAGCUCUGCUGGCCGCCUCGAUCUGCAUGAGCUACGCACUCGAAGAUGUUGAAGAGCGUCAGGGUGGUGGAGGACUAGGAGGUCGCGGUAACUACGGCAGCGGCGGUAACUAUGGCAGCUCCGGCAGUGGCGGUAACUAUGGCAGCUCCGGCAGUGGUCGUCAUGGCGGCUCUGGCAGUAGUCUCCGCGGAGGAGACCACGGAGGAAGCCACGGAGGAAGCCAAGGCCGCCUUGGUGGUAGCGGCGGGGGCCAUGGUGGACGCGAUAGCUACGGUAGUGGCCGUGGCUCUGGCAGCAGCGGGGGCCUUGGUGGCCUCAGCGGCCAUGGCGGAAGUAGUGGAGGUCGUCUCGGUGGCAUUGGCGGAGGUAGCCGAGGUGGUAGUCGGGGUGGAGGACGCUACUGAGCAGGAUGACGAUUCAUUUACGCGGGCUCUGGGCACCUGCAAGACUGCACCGUUCCUGGCCAAAGUGACUGGAUGGUGCCUCAUCUCGUGACCGGUCCUUGCUUAUUUGAUGUGCCACUCUGCUGUACCAGAGACUGAGACCAACUUCCUUUGGGCAUUAAUGCUGUGAUCCUUUUGUCUACAUUCAAUUUUUAUUGGUUAUUUUUUUCACGCAAUAAAAACCACCGUUGACAAACUUCAUGAUACAAA